AUGAAAUCACCUGAUCACUCGAUGAGAUCACAGAACCCUCUAAUGCGUGACGGGCAUUUGCCUAUUCCUUCAAAAGAUAUAAACCACUCAGGCGUUGAAAACAGCUCGUCAUGCCACUCAGAAACUACUUGACAGCGGAAGCAGUUGAAUGUGAAAUUUUAUUUGUGUUAUUAUUGCUUAUUAUCAGUAUGUCUCGGAAAUUCCCUUGUUUAUUAUUCAGUUUACAACUCCUCUGCAAAUUUUUUAUUCCUUAAUCCCCCUCCGUGUGUGAACAAAACCAUCAGAAAAAUCCCUAUUUUUUACUCAAAAAACCACCCACCGUGCGAACAAAAAUUUUUCAUGAAAAAAAUUUUGAUAUAUAAAUGAUAGUAAUUAUAACGAAAUAUCUAGCUAAUUCUGUUUAAUUUUAAACAGCUCGCAUUUUAAAACAUAAAUAUCAACAAAAAAAAUUCUAUAAUAUAUUUUUUAAAAUACAAAUUAACCACCUCCGUGAGCGAACAAAAUUUUUUUGUUCGCUCAUGGAAGGGGUUAGCAUAAUCCUCCUUAUCGGAAGCAUUUUAUUUAGCUUGGCGAUCAUGAUAAUGGAGGUUCGAAUUGGCUCAAGCCAUAUGAAUAAAUAUAUGUUAAAUGAAAUGGUUUACUUAUUUGUAGGACUCUCCAUAGUGUUUUCUGACCCGAAUAUAGUGGAGAUUUUGAUACAAACAGACAAACAUCACGAAUCCUUUGUGACGAGUUUUAUGUUUUUAAUGAUUUUAGGGGUAAUCGCCCACAAGAAUUUGGCAAGAAAAAUCCGACAAUUCAUCGAAGUAAAUGUGCUUCUUGGACUAAUUACUUUCAUAUUGAAUAUGUUUGGAGAAUUACAAAAAGGGCAAACAAUUUUCCAAUUCAUUUUGUUUAUUUUAUUGACUUUUUAUUUAGCAACUGAGCUGCAAAGUGUUGAAUCCAAUAGCAUGAAGCUAGCCCCUGAUAAGAGCGAUGAAUCCAUAAUGCUACAUGAACAUUUGGAGCAAAGAUCUAAAAGCCUCAACGAAACAAAAGACCUAACAGUCCCUAGAUCAGCUAAUACAACUAUUGAAGAAAUUGUAUCAUCUCUAGUUAAAUCUUUUGAUUUACUUUCUGAAGUUAAUUCUCAAGAUAUAUCAGUUCGCGAAAGUAUCCAAAAAUCGUCUCAAAUCAUUCUUAGUGCCCUUGAAACCUUAUCUCCCCCUCCGUGAGCGAAUAAAAAAUUUUGUUCGCUCACAGAGAGGGUUAUUUUAUUUUUUUAAAAUUAGCAUAAAAUUUUAUUUUAUUAUUUUUCGAAAUUUAAAAUAUCCCAAUUUACAAAAAUUGGAAAGCAAAUGUUUAUUUAAUUGUAAAAUUUAUGUUUUAAAAUGCAAUUUAUUUAAAAUUAAACAGAAUUAGCUAGAAAUUUCAUUAUACUAAUUAUCACUUUUAUAUCAAAUUAUUAAAAAAAAUUUUUGUUCUCUCACGGAGGGCGGGUUUUUGGACAAAAAAUAGGGAUUUUCCUAAUGGUUUUGUUCGCUCACAGAGGGGGGGGAGUAAGGACUUCUUCUAAUGUAUAUUCCACAAAUUUAAAAAAUAUAACAAAAAAUUUAGAUGAGCAAGAUAAAAUGUUUAUAGAACAGUCUUUUAUUGACGCAAAUAAAAGUGCAGGCUCAAUGCAUUCUUCUCCACCAGUGACUAAAAGAAGCCAUAAAGACCCUCUUUAUACGACAGAAUAUGGAGUUCCAGAAUUAAUGGGAAUUUUAAUACAGAUUGGAAAAGAUUGGAAUUUUAAUACAUUUUUGAUUGAUGAGUGUACUAAAGGAGCCCCACUUUUAUGCUGUGGUGUUUAUGCAUUAAGAAGAUAUGGACUUGAUGAGAUUUUUAGCAUCACAGACCAAAGCUUGAAGACACUAUUACAAACAUUAGAGUCAAAAUAUUAUAAAAAUCCUUACCACAACUCGUGCCAUGCAGCUGAUGUUAUGAAUUCCUACUUGUUUUUAAUCCAAGCUUCUCAGCUGGUUGACGAGAUGAGCAGCUUAGAGCUGAUUUCAGGAAUUUUAGCAGCAUUGGCUCAUGAUGUAGGCCAUCCUGCGAAAAAUAAUAGAUUUUUGAUAAUGAGCAACGACGAUUUAGCUAUACAAUUUAAUGACAUAAGUGUGCUAGAAAUGCUUCAUGCGUCUACAUUUUUUAAAAUUUUGAAAGCUCAAGAACCGUGCUUAUUUAAGAGUCUGCAGCUUGAAAAAUGGCACCAAAUGAGAAAGUUAAUUAUUGAGCUAAUUUUAGCGACUGAUAUGGGAAAGCAUUUUGAGCUUAUGGGGUAUUUUAAUUCAAAAUAUUUAAGUAUGAGCGAACUCCCAGAGCUUUCGGACCCUGAGUUUAGACUAGACCAAUAUAAAAUGGCUAUUAAAGCAGCUGAUAUUGGCCAUGCAGCGAAAUCAGUAGAGCUCCAUCAAAAGUGGUGUGGGCUAGCAAUAAAAGAAUUUUUUGCACAAGGAGAAUUAGAAAAGUCAUUAGGAAUUCCUGUUUCUAUGUAUUGUGAUAAAGAUACAACAGAUAUUUCUAAAUCACAAGCUGGGUUUAUCAAAAAUAUAGUUUCACCUUUGUUUAUGGCUUUAAUAUAAAUAAAAUGGCAUUCGGUUAGAGAGAAAUUAGCUUUGCUAAUUUUUCUCUCCCUCAUGGAAUUUUAUUUAUAGGGUUAGGUUUUCACUCGAGAACUUCUGGACAGCAAUAGCGGUUUAACUCUGGGGAUAACCAGAGGAACUGCUCCUCAGUCCUCUCAAGAUUUCGGGCUUUUACCUCUCAGCACAUCCCCACGGGAGGAUGACCCUUAGGCGGAAUACGCGCAGGAGCUGAGUCGAGCGACAAGAGCGACAAGAGCGACGGCAUCGCGCCGGGUGAGACAUGCAGCAAGGCUGGUGAAGCAGGAGUUGAUAGAAGGCUUGGCCAGGGCUGACCUGUUCCAAGAUGGCUCGCCUACGUCACUAGUUUUUGCCAUAGGCCCUUUUGGGCUGCGGCACUAGACACCUUAAACACCAGAUAAUUAAGUUAAGUUAAGUUAAGUUAAGUUAAGUUAAGUUUAUGGCUUUAAAUAAAGUUAUGAAUUCUCAAAGUAUUGAAGAUAACUGUAUAGCUCAGCUAAAAAUAAAUGAAGGGUUUUGGAAUUCAAAAAGGUCUUAUAAGCGGGUGCAGGUCAAAUGACUUUGUUUUUUUGAUAGUGUCCAUUUCACCGAAAAAUUUUUGGCCGAAAAUAAUCAAAAAUUUUUGUUAGUGAGACAUUUGACGGAAAAAAAUCAUUAGUAUUAGGCCAAAUGUCCGCAUUAUCAAAAAAUUUUCGACCAAAUGGAUUUCGAUGAAAUACACACUGUCAAAAAUCCACGGUCAUUUGGCAUGGAGUCCUUAUAAGCAGUAUCAAACUGUCCUCAUGCGUAAAGACGAAGAAAAUGAAAAAUCCAGAUUCGAUGGCCUCGUGAGUCGCAGUCAAAUAUUUAGGCACUCAAACUUGGCUGAAAAAUAUCUUUCAUAA